CCCCGUUCGGCCCUGCAGGAAGAGAAGCCGUGGUCGGCCGCUCGGCCGUCCGCCGGCCGAAGGGCAUCCUGACCGAAAGGUGCCGAGCGGAGGCUCAAAGCAGUUUAUAUACGCCGGGGACGUGAUGCGGAAAAACCAUACCAGACAUGACUUCUAUAAAAGAGCAAGCAGCAAUCAGUAGAUUAAUAACUUUCCUACAAGAAUGGGAUAGUGCUGGCAAAGUUACUCGAAAACAUAUUCUUGAAAAUUUCAUACUUGCUAACCAAGGCAAGACUGGUCCAGAACUUGAGAUAGAAUUCUCUCAGGGAGCCAGUUUAUUUCUGGCUCGUAUAACUGCCUGGCUCCGGCUGACCUAUAUGUACGGAACAUGCUUGGAACAACAGUUAAAAUCAGUUGGCAUCUUUCUUUCAGCUGCAAGUGGCCAGCGGUACCUUCUUGAAUUUCUGGAAAUUGGUGGUAUCCUCACCCUAUUGGAAAUACUUGGGCUGAAACAACUGAAAGAAGAAGACAAAAUGGAGUCUGUAAAACUUCUUCAGUUAGUGGCAAAAUCUGGCAGGAAAUUCAAAGAGCUUAUCUGUGAAAGCUAUGGUGUGCGAUCAAUUGCUGAAUUUUUGGCCACUUCCAAGUCAGAAGCGACACAAGAGCAAGUGCAGAUUCUUCUGGAUACUUUAGGACACGGCAACCCGAAAUACCAAAAUCAGGUGUACAAAGGGCUGAUUGCUCUUUUAAAGUGCACUUCUCCCAAAGCUCAACAGCUGUCCCUACAAACACUCAGGAUAAUACAGUCAAUUGUGGGAAAAGCGCAUCUGAGCAUUGUUGAUUCUGUGCUGAGCGUGCUUCGCUCUCUGAAUUUUGAGGUACAAUAUGAAGCUAUUCAACUGAUCAAGGACCUUAUGGCUUAUGAUGUGCGACCAGCUCUGCUAAAAGGCUUGGUUACGUUACUAAAGCCAUCAAGGCAGGAGACAGCCAAGAUGCAAGCAAGAAUCCUGGAAGAAGCAGGCUCUUUGCGCCUGAUGGAAUCCUUGCCAGCAUAUGUACAGCAAGCUGCAGCAGCCAAAACCAUUGGAAUUCUGGCCCAGGAGUCUAGGGAAGUGGCUGAGGAGCUGAUCUUCUUGAAUGUGGUACAUGGCCUUAUGUGUGCUAUGGGCAACAAAGACCACACCAACGGUCAGAGACAAGCUAGCAUCACAUUAGAGUAUUUUGUACAGAUAUUUAUAAUGAUUGAGAACUACGUACGGAGGGCUAUGGGAGAAAAAUUGUUCGAGCUAUUCAUGCAAGAUGCUGCAAAUUUGUACUUGAAUAUGGAUGCUGUACAGGCUGAUAUACUGGCUACCAAUAUAGUCAAUAUUCCAGCAGAUUGUUUGGCUAAAGGAAAAACGCUUUUAACAGAGACAGAAUUGAGCCCUGAAGAGGAGGAAGGGCAGUCUGAAGACAGUGAAGUACUUUCUGAGCCACUUGCUUAAUUUCAUUCAAGUAUUAGGUUUAUUGUUGAUUUUAAUCUUUUCUCCAUUUUUCUGCACCCUUUGCACAAAGUACCUUUUUCAAAAUCUUUUCAUGCAUCCCUAUGAAGAAAGGAUGGAGGACUAUGUAACUGCAGUGCAAACUAUGUGGCAUUUGAGACAUUGGGACAGGUGAUUCCUAUUUUCAUUGACUAGAUAAUUACUUGACUAGUUUUCUCAUCUGUUGCGGUACAGAUUGUACUAAACUAUUGUUCCCAUAAUCUCACAACAGUGGUUCAAUACCACUGGAAGGCAUAAAGCUCAGGAAAAUGUAAGGAACAAAAAUGGCUCUUACCAUUGGAUAAUUUUUGGCCAAUUUCAUAGUCCAACCCUGAUUCGUAUCAUUAUGAAUUAUAUAUUAAUGUGAAACAGCUCCUUGUACAACUAACCUAGACUCUAAAAGAGGAAAAGGAAAAUCUGUGUUAAAUAAAAUUGCAUUGAAUUGUUGCAUUUAAUCUAUACUUCAAAGUUAUACUUACCUUUAAACUAAUUUAUUUGCUUACUUACAUGAAUACAUACUUUCUGCUACAUUCUUUUAUAGCCUGUAUGACCAAGAACAUAAUAUUUCCAAUUAUGCAUACAUGUGUUUGCUAAAAGACCAACCUUAAAGCACAGCAGGUAGAGUUAUCUGUUGAUUAAAUGUUUUGAAUUACAAUUUUCAUUAUUCCAGCUGGAAUGAGACUGUAGUAGUUACAAUUCAACAACUGGAAUAGAGCUGUCUACUCUGAAAGUAGUUUUGCCUCAAAUAAAUUCAUAAAGAUCAUUUAUUUGGUCUGAA